AUGGCGACUCCGAUCGGUUCUCCCCGUGUCCCCUCGACUGUCGGUUCUUCACUAGUGACGCCAGUUGCUCGGGAUGUCGUGGAGCCCGAUGAUAGUGCCCACGCAUCUCGCUGCACUGCACCCGCCUCGCACGCUUCGCUCGCUCGCUCUGCUUCACUGCUUGCUUCGCCGCCUGCUGAGGACGAUCAGAGAGCUCAGCACCAUGCGCCGCUUUUGCCAUGCUCUGCUGCCGCUUUCGCAACGCCUGGCACGAUGCACGCCGGCAUGCUGCCUGCUUCUGCCACCGCUCGUGCUUUGCCUUUGUUGCCUGCCUUUUCUGCGUCCGCUGCUCCUGCUGCUUCCGCACCUGCCCUUCUUCCGACCGAUUCUUUGUCUUGUCCUCUGUCCCUUCGCGGGGAUCCAGAGGGCGCUCGGGCCCUCUUUGGGUCCGGGCCGGACGGCCGUGGUCCACCGAUUUCGGACCCGGCGUCCUUUCGUCCACCGCGCCCCGAUUCUUAUGGGCCGGUGGCAGGCCGCGGUGGAGCCUCGCUCCCCGACGAGCCCAUGAGCGAGCACCCGGGUGCACCCCAUGUGUCCGUCGCAACGAUUACCGCGGCGGAUCAUGGUGGUGCUGCCCCCGCCACCGAUAACGGCGGGAGGCUUCCCGGUCCCUGCGCUGUCAGGGCCCUGGUCGAUGAAGCCAUUGGGUCGGAAGCAUCCGCGCGUAUCGCCACCGAUAUUCUGGCGAUCGCGCAGGGUGUGUCCAACACCCAAGCCGACCUCGAUAUUCUGAGGAACGGCGUCUCGGACAUUGCUGAAGCACUUGAAGACAAGAUCCGAGAAAUGUGGGAGCUUCUACAGGCCGAGAUGAGGAAGGAGCGUGAACUACACACGAUCUUUCAGGACUCCGUCCGCGAAAGGCGGAUUUCGGACCAUGAAACUCUUGAAGAGCAUUUUGCGAGGCUCAACUCGAUGGUCAACGAUCGAUUCAUUGAGUUUGAUGAGCGGAUCCACCGAUUCAACGAAAAGCGUGCUGGAUCGAUAUCCAUGCAGCUUGCUGAGACGAUCCGCCACAUCAAGCAUUACCCUGAUGCGCUGCAGCAAAUUCAGAUCAAUAUCUCAAAUGCUGAGGCGCGUAUCGCUACGGUUGAGCAGAAUGCUACUCACCGUAUCGAGGUCAUUAGAACCGAAAUGAGCCGUGCUCUCUACGAUCAUAAGGAGAGUAACCGUGUGCUCAUCGAUCAGCUCACUGCUCGCAUUCAGCAUCUUGAGAGUUCUCAUGUCCGCAGGGGUGGUUCUGACAUGUCGACACCUUCGCGUCCGGAACGGACGCAGUUCUUCGACAUCAGUGACCAUGAUGGGGAUAUCCCACGUCCCGCGGACUUGCCGCCAGUUCCUGGUGCUCUAUUCCCUGGCGGACCGACUACAGCCAUUCCGAGAUCUUCUUUGUUGGGUCCGAUUGAUCAUGGCUCUCCGCCGGGAUGCAAUGCUGCGCCUGCUGAAAAGGCCUCAACGGUGCACUCUCAGACGAGUGGCAUCAAUCUUGAUGACAUUCUGAGGCGCGCGCAGCAACGAGUCGCUGAUGAUCAUCCUCCUGAAAGUCGCGGGCAAAAUAAUCCUGUUGAGCCCGUCCGACAAAAUUAUGGCCAAACGUCUGCCUCUUUUUCAGGAAGAUCUCCGAUUCCGACCGUUCCGUCCACAAAUGCCGCCGGAACGACAUCCGGCCAAGCUCCGAGUGUCAGACCCUUCCCUGUCGAUGAUGAUCUGGCCAUUCGCAGUGGCGUCCGCUAUGACCCUGAAACCCAGAGAUUUGCUCCAGAGCCCAAGCGGAGCCCUACAUUUCCGUGCCAGAUCUCAUAUGAUACGCGAACUGUUCCGGCAGGAAAGGGACCUUCAAGAUGGUAUGAUGCAAUGCUUGGCCGAUCCAAUCUCAUUGGCAGCGGUUCUGGUGCACCUGUUCUCCAAAGCGAGACUGGUACCUUCACGCUAGCACCGAGCGCAAGCGUCACUGGGACACUUCGACCUGCUGCCACUGAUGAUGUCGAUGGAUGGACUAUGCCUCCGAUGCCCACCUUUAAUGCUAGAACAUCCGCCCCUGCACCCAGUGCUGCGCCAUCCGGAUUAGGCGGACCGCCGCCCGCGCAUGGCGGUGACGGUGGUUCUUUCGGUGGUGGUGGCCCCAACGAUAACGGGGGUGCAUAUGGUGGUGGUUUUGGUGGACAUGGACACCAUGGGUCCGGUUUCGGCCCUGGUGGCGGUGGUGGACCACCCAGUGGCCCGCCCAGUGGCCCGCCCGGUGGUGGUGGCCCUCCUGACGGGAAUGGCCCGCCUGAUGGUGGACUUGAUCCGCCUAGCAUCAGGCCCUCCGGCCGGCCGAGUGGGAAUGAUACUUUCCAGUGCGAGCGCUGCACCGGAACUUUCCCAACCACCGUGCGGCGAUCGUGCAUAUCUUGCCGAUUCUCGUGUUGCAAUGGAUGUUGCCGAGAUCCUUUGAGAAUCUGUCUCGUGUGUCUUGAGAGACAGACUGGGAAUCCGCCCGGUCCCAACGAUACGGGAUUCGGUGGACCCAAGGGCGAUGGAUCGCUGAGCGAGGCUAAGAAGGCGAAAUGCAAGUCCUUCCGACUCGAUCCCGAGCCGGAGCCCGCUCAGCUGCGGCGCUGGAUCGUCGACAUGAAGGAGCGAGUUGCAAAUGCAUUCGCAUACGAUCCCGGAUACGCACUCUCGUGGGUUGAGAUUCCCGAUGGUACACGAUAUGAAGACCUUCUUGAUGAGUGCAAGUACGGAAUGCUUGAGAAUGAGUGCAACUCUGCAUUCCGCGAGUGCGUAAAAUCCAUUGCACUAAAGAAUAAGAUCCAGACCGAAACCGAGCGCAUGCAUACGAUAAAUCGGCGACUCGGCAGUAGGCAGAUCUUGUGGUUGUUGUAUGAUUUCCUUCGACCACAUGUCACUGGCGAUUCGACCUUCAAGCUCGUCGAUCUGAUGAAGACCACGAUUGAUCGGUUUACUCAUGGAUCCGAGCAGGAGAGGCUAGAAGCCUUCUCCAAUCGGUGGGAUCAUGUUCUCGCUGGUAUCUCAGUCGAUCGUCCCGAGGAUCCUGUUCUCUGCGCACUCUUCUAUGAGCAGGUACGUGAGUUCCGCUGUCUCGAGCUCGAUAUUAUGCAGUUGUGGGACAGGGACGUGUCUGUCCGGAACUACGCGUAUUUGCGGACUGUCUGCGUCAAUGCGAUUACAACUUGGCGCCGGCGUCGCAACCAGGAGAAGAUGUACACCGCUACUCGAUCCACGUCUGCGCAAAGACGGUAUGUCUCCUGGACACCGAGACUCAAGAAGAGGGAGUCCCUACCGAAGGAGCUCGCCGAGGCGCUCGUCGCCCAGACGAUCCUCCCCGAGGCGCGGUUCGCCGAGGCGAUACUCGCCGCGCAGUCCGGGAAGGGCCGCUCCUGCUCCGACGCGCCCUGCAUCACGAUCUCCACGAGGGCGGGAAAUCUGCUACGAUUUCAAGAACGGCAGAUGUACGCGAGGAAGCGGUUGUAA